GUGACGGUCGAAGGUGGGUUGGGGUACGGUUCUGGGGUUGGACCGUCUGUGGCGUGUCCAUAGGGAGGGUGUCGGGCUGUCGUCCGUGACUGGUGGGACGGGUCUGGGGUUGGACCGUCAGUGGGACAGGAGCAUGUGAGCCUGGGCUUGGAGGAAAAAUAGGGGUUAUAGGAGAGGGUGACGGGAGGGAUGACAAUUUGGGAUAUGGAAA